AUGUGGCCAAAACUCCCCCAAGUAUACCUCCAGGAUUCUUUUCGGAGCAGAUUCAUCAGGAUGAGCAUGCCGGCUCCACCCAGACUCCUGGACCUGGCGGGUCAGAGCCUGCUGAGGGACCAGGCCUCGGCCAUUGCUGCUCUGGAGGUGCUGCCCAUGGAGCUCUUCCCACCACUGUUCAUGGCGGCCUUCGCUGGGAGGCACAGCGAGACCCUGAAGGCGAUGGUGCAGUCCUGGCCCUUCGCCUGCCUCCCUCUGGGGGCCCUGAUGAAGGAGCAGCAGCCUCACCAGGAGACCUUCCAAGCUGCGCUCGAUGGACUUGAUGUCCUGCUUACCCAGGAGGUUCGCCCCAGGAGGUGGAAACUGCAGGUGCUAGAUUUACGGAAGAAUGCUCAUCAGGACUUUUGGACUGUGUGGUCUGGGACCAGGGCCAGUAUGUACUCCCUGUUGGAGCCAGAGGGGGCCCAACCCAUGAGGAAGAGGCGAAAAGUGGAGGGUUGCAAGCCAGGGCCCAAGCCACCCUUGGCUCCUGUGGAGGUGCUGAUAGACCUUUGCCUCAAGGAAGGUACCCCUGACGAGUCCCUCGCCUACCUCAUCCAGAAAGUCCAGCAGAGGAAGGGUCUGCUGCGCCUGUGUUGUAAGAAGCUGAAGAUUUUCGCAGUGCCCAUGCAGACCAUCAAGAAGAUCCUGAAAAUCGUACAGCUGGACUCUAUCCAGGAUUUGGAAGUGAACUGCACCUGGAAACUGUCCACCCUGGGGAAGUUUGCUCCUCAUGUGGGUCAGAUGGGCAAUCUGCGCAGGCUCCUCCUCUCACACAUCCACAUGUCUUCCCACAGCACCCCGGCGAAGGAGCAGCAGUGUGUCAGACAGCUCACUGCUCAGUUCCUCAGGCUGCACCACCUUGAGGAGCUCUAUUUGGACUCGAUCUCCUUCCUCGAAGACCGCCUGGACCAGGUGCUCAGGUGCCUGAAGACCCCCUUGGAGACCCUGUCAAUAACUAAUUGCCUGCUUUCGGAAUCUGACUUGAUACAUCUGUCCCAGCACCUGAACGUCAGUCAGCUAAAGGACCUGGGUCUCAGCGGGGUCAGCCUGACCAAUAUGAGUCCUGGGCCUCUCCAAGUUCUGAUAGAGAGAGCCUCCGCCACCCUCCAGGACCUGGACUUAGAUGAGUGUGGGAUCAUGGACUCCCAGUUCACUGUCAUCCUGCCUGCCCUGGGCCGCUGCUCCCAGCUCACAACCUUCAGCUUCUGUGGAAACCCCAUCUCCAUGGCCGUCCUGGAGAACCUGCUGCGCCACACCAUUGGGCUGAGCAAGCUGAGUCACGUGCUGUAUCCGGCCCCCCUGGAGAGUUACGAGGAUGCCCGUGGCACCCUCCAACUGGGCAGACUUGCCCAGCUGCAUGCCAGGCUGAAGCAGAUGCUGCAGGAGUUGGGGCGGCCAGGCAUGGUCUGGUUCAGUGCCAACCCCUGCCCUCACUGCGGCGACAGGACCUUCUAUGACCCUGAGCCCAUUCUGUGCCCCUGUUACAUGCCUGCCUAG